AAACAGGCCGACGUUACUCUUGCGUGCUAGAAUAAGGACAAACCAAUCUCACUGACAAGCAAGCAAGCAAGCGAGCAAGCAAGCAAGAAGCAAGAAGACGAAGAAGAAGAAGACGAAGAACACCAACCAUGGCUGUGCGCUUCACGUCCAUCGACCUCACUGACGAGUUUGCUGACAUCAUCAACGACUCCUCUGAGCCCAUCGACCUGGAAGGCUACCAUGUUGAGGACGUCCAGGGUGCGAACAAGAGCCACCCUUUCUCCUCGUAUGUGAUUGCCCCGGGCCACACCACCCGCUUCUGGACCACGCCAAAGGCUCAGUCAGGGCUGAAGGAGGACGAGAACAACCUGUUCUGGCGCAACAAGAACGGAGCCCCGCGCGCGAAGAACGUGCUGAACAACGAGGGCGACGGCCUGCGGCUCAUCUCGCCGGAGGGCACCGUCGUGUCGUCCAUCUUUGUCAGCGAGCAGACGCAUGCGGACUCGAUGCUGCAGUCGCGCCUCUCCGUCUCGGAGGAAGGCGAGCAGCAGCCGUCGACAGAGCAGGAGGAGGAGGGCGACACAGAGGGCGCACAGGACGAAGAUGAGCAGGCAAGCGCCGCCAUGGCCACGGAGGAGGACACCGACCAGACGCAGCCCGUAAGCGCCAACGUCUCCUUCUUCAAGACUCGCGCAUCCCUCGGAAGUCAGUUUGAUCCAACAGAGGGCCUGUUCCAGCGCUUCUGCGAGGAGAUGGACGAGAUUGAGGCGCGCGUGCUGAACAAGUACAAGCAGAGGAUCACAGCCAACUGAACACCGUGCUAGCUGUCGCCGUGCUAGCUGUCAACGUCCAAGCGCCAACCACGCCUUCCUCCUGCUCCGCGCCCGCUUGUUGCUGCGCUGCCUGGUUUUGUGUUGCGAUUGCGUCCCCAUGUGUCUUUGUUCCCAAUUCUCGCCAACGCUGCGCAUCCGCACAAGCCUCCUUUGCUCUCCCUCCUCGUUUCAACACACGACUGAACAGCCGCGCUGGUUCUCUUGUGCGGUUCCGUAUGUUCCUUGUUCAUGUGCAUGUGUGUGUGCGUGUGCGUAUGGGUGCAUGUGCGUGCGUGCAUGUAUGUGUCUUAAUGUCAGUUCUGUGCUCAUGUUCCAUCAUCAAUCAGCAUUAAACGCCUUGCAAGUCA